GUAAACAUGGCGGAAUCCGACACAUCAACAACGCAGCCGAAACCCAAACCUCACUUCUGCAGUGAAAUACUGAGCCCAUCAGAGCUGUUUGCUGCUCGAUCCCGGAGCCACAAGAUCCCUGUGCGGGGACAGAAGGACUUCCUGCCGUCGCAGCCGCACACACACUCGGAUAAACCCUCGGAUACACACUCGGAUAAACUCUCGGAUACACACUCUCAGCAGCAGCAGCGCCUGGAGCAGAGCCUGAACGAGCACUGGACACUCGUGGCAGAGGAGCGCGUGGAGAGACUGGGCAGCGUGGUGAGAGGUCUGUGGAUGCCAGAGGAAGAUGUGGUGGAACUUCAAACACCAGCGGGAAAGUUCUGGCAGACAAUGGGCUAUGCUGCAGACGGAAAGCAGUACCUGCUGCCAGAGGAGGCGCUCUACCUCAUGGAAUGUGGUAACCUGCAGGUGUUCCAUCAGGAACUGCCCUUCUCCAUCGAGGAAGGCUACCAGAAGUUUCUGUCCACCGACCACGACACCUUACUCACACUGCAACAGUACCAGGUGUAUGGCCAUUUGAAGAGACUGGGCUAUGUGGUCAUCAGAUUUGACCCUAGCAGUGUACAGUCUGUGUAUGAGCAACAGCUGAAUUUGCCUCAGACACGAGAUCGUCACAGGAAAAGGAAACGCAGCCAGAGCCCUCCCCACAGGCCCAAGGACCAACAGCCCAGUCCCCCUAGUGGAGAGGCGGAGACAGAGGAGGAGAAGAAGGCUCACACCAGUCCUCCACCCCCCCAGAGCCCUGCCAAGCCAGACCCACCCCAGGAGGAGGAGCAGGAGCAGGAGCGGGAGGAGUGGCAGGAGAAAGGCCUGGAGGAGGGCUGUGAAGGGGGCAGGAGCUGGUGGAUUGGGAAGGAGAAGAUGCAGGAGGAGAAUAUUGAGGAGAUGGAGGUGAGUGAGGUGGGGGGGUCGGAUGAUGUUGCCGCCGCCGCCGCUACUGCCCCCACCCUCGCCCUCCCCCGCUGGGACUUUAGCCGUAUCCUCUUCCCCGACCUGGGCUCCUCGUCCUCUUCCUCUUCCUCCGCCCCCCCGGCCCUGCCUGCGCCGCCCCCCUCUCUGCUGCCGGGGGCGCUGGAAGUGUCUGAGUGCCACGUCGCCCCCUGGCUGCAGCGGCUGAACCUGCGGCCCGACCGGCCCACGCGCCGAGAGCGCCAGGACCAGGACCAGAACCGAAGCCACUAUCGACAAGGAGAUGGCAGAGCAGAGCGUCACCAGGGAGACCAAAGCCAGCGUCACCAGGGAAACCAAAGCCAGCGUCACCAGGGUGAUCAAAGCCAGCGUCACCAGGGAGACCAAAGCCAGCGUCACCAGGGAGACCAAAGCCAGCGUCACCAAGGAGACCAAAGCCAGCGUCACCAGGGUGACCAAAGCCAGCGUCACCGGGGAGACCAGAGCAGCCGCCAGCGCCACCAUGACGACCAUCGUCACCGUCACCAUGCAGAUCGUCACCGAGGAGACGGCAACAAUAGCCGGCACCGGGAUGAGCGCCACAGGGACGACCGUUACCGGGACGAGCGACACCGGGACGAUCGACACCGGGACGACCGUUACCGUGACGAUCGUUACCGCGACGAGCGUCACCACAGAGACGUCAAUGCAGACCGGGAGGUGCAGCGCUGCAGGAACUGGGUUGAGUUUCAGGCGCUGCAGGAGAGGAGGCGAAGUCGGCAACGUAACCACGGCAACAGGCCGCCUCACCUGUGGGAGGGCGCCGUCACACCCCUCAGCCAACCAGGACAGGCGUCCAGCCACGGUGACCUGCUCGGACAGAUUGGCAUUAUUGAGUCAUCAAAGCUGCAAGACCAGCCGAACAGUCUGAGCAUCCCUCCGGAGUGGCAGCUCAGCUUUGAUGUCUAUCAGCCGGACACAGCUGCCGACUACAAGAAGAGCAACCCCGGCAAACCAUACACACGCAUGGCUGUCUGCAGUUUCGAUGGCCCGGUGCCACAGCUGUGUGUGCUGAAGUGGCUGAGCAGCCAGAGUGGCUCUGUCCCCGUCACCUACGCCGUAGUGGACCACGGAGACAUCUCAUUCUACUGCUACACACACACACGCACUCCCAUAGACACAUACACCUGACACACACACACACACACACACACACACACACACACACAGACACAUACACCUGACACACACACACACACACACACACACACACACACACACACACACACACACACACGCACUCCCACAGACACAUACACCUGACACACACACACACACGCACUCCCACAGACACAUACACCUGACACACACACACACACACACACUCCCACUGAUACAUACACCUGACAAACACACACACACACACACACACACACACACACACACACACAGAGAAAUCUCAUUCUACUGUUAAACACACACAUGCACAGUUCUUGCUUGCCAAAGUCUAUUUUGUUAAUGACAAAUGUUCUCAGGGAUUUAGGCAGUGUGUGAUGUACGUGCACAUACUGUGCAUACAGUUCUUUUUUCAGUUAAAGUGAGUGUCUUCACCUGAACAGGUGUUUCAGUCAUUAUGUUCUUGCCUGCAUAGAUGUUUUGACAGUGUUCUAUACAUGGGUUCUACAUGUUUGUUUUCCCCUGAUUGUGCGAACUAGCUGCUCACAACUCAACCUCUGAUUGUUGGCAAAAAUCGUCUGUCGGUCAAAAAAGUAGCUCACGUGGUUGGCUGUCAGUGUCUUGGCCCUCCUCACAACAUCGUGUUUACAAACACGGCGAACCCAUCUAUGACUAGAGCAGACAGAUGCAGUCUGGCUUCACUUGCGUGUGGGCGAUUGUACAGAGCAGUGGUUCUCAAACUGAUUUGGGCCGGGCAACUCAAAUGGAGCAAAAAACAUUUCCCAAGGACCCCCUCAUGAUUGCACAAGAAAUGUACAGCUUCCACAAUUGUUUAAAAUGGUAGCAUUAUUU